AAAGAAAGGGGGAGCGGGAGGAAUUCCACCUUGUGACUCCUCUUUGCUUUCUCUGCUCCCAUUCCAUCAUCAUCUCGCUCCCGGAUAUCGCCGCUUCUCGCUCUAGAGAGGAGGAGGAAAGCAACCAGGUACACACCGUGUCGCCUGUGGCUAGCCCAUAGCUCAUGGAGCACGCUAAGCCCAGCACAUCACUACCCACCUCUUCUGCAUUGGAAGGCCAGGCGCAUUCCCCCACUGGCUCUUCCUCCUCCUCCUCCUCCUCCUCCUCCUCCUCCUCCUCUUCGUCUGGUCAGCAACACAAGAUGGGCACUCUUGCGCACAUUGGCAAUCCGCACCCGCACCCGCACCUGCACGCAGAGGACGGUAGUAGAGAGAAGGACCGCGAGGUAGAGGAGCGCAAUGUCCCCGCCGAGCUGCCCCUCUCCCACUCCCACUCCCACUCCCACUCUUCGCAACGCACCCCUCCCUGGUCAAGUCGUCUGUCCACCUCCCUCUCCCUCAGCCUUCUUGGUCUAGACGAAACACUAGAUCACAAUUCCUGCACCAUCCCACUGGCAUGGAUGGCCUUCCUCACCGGUCUAGUAGACGGAACCAUCUAUUCCCGUGCGGAAAUUUGGACUGGGUUCCAAACGGGGAAUACAGUUCAAGUAGCACUUGGUAUAACCACCUAUAUCUUCCCCCAAAGCGCAAAUGCUAUUCCUCGUACACCACUUUUACUACUACUACGGUCCCUCUCCCUCGUAGCAUUCUUCUUGGCGGGAAUUGUAGGAGCCAGAGUGGGAGAAGUGUGGGGACAUCGAAAGAGGGUGUACCUCGUUGCUAGCUCAGGCUUGCAGAGUGCACUCCUCUUUGGUGCGGCAGGAAUCCUUUGGUCAAGACCGGAUGGGGAGGAAUUGACUUAUCGGUACUGGCCAGGAGUCAUCUUGCUCAUUGCCUUUAGCAUGGUAAGUUGUAGGGAGCGUAGCAUUGGUCUUCAAUCCAUCCAAGCUCAAAAAGUAGCCUCGCCAAUCUUUUCCACCUCGGUAGCAUUCACAGCCACAAUGACGCAAAUUGCUGCCGACCCCAAACUAUUCUCCCUCAGUACAGCCAUCCCUUCCCCUUUAAGCCUCCUGCGACGUCGGCCCUCUCCUCCCUCCACCUCCCUCUCCUCCUCUGAGAGGGAGGUAGAUACGGGAACAACAACUACCAAGAGCGCACCACCUCCCCGUCGAGUCUUCUUCAACGACCCCUCCGUCAAAGGACGCGACUUGCGAAUCCUCGCCCUCGUCUGUCUCGCCACGGGUGGGGGAGUAGCCCAAAGUCUUCUCGAAGGACAGACGGGAAUUGGUUUAAAGGGGACAAUGAUGGUUGCGGCGGGGUGUAAAGGCUUUUUAGCACUCUUGUGGUUCAUGCCAAAGGGGAAGAGGAAGUGAAAGAAAGUCAAGGGAGGGGAAGGGAAAGAAGGUGGUAGGGAAAAGGGGAGGAGGAAGUACGACCUCUUACUCCACGUACAGGAUAGACACAUACCCUGCGCAAUCGUUACACCGCAUAGACGACUUUGGUGCGAAUUGUAUUGUAUUAUAGCAAUCGAUGAAGAUGUGAUUGUGGUGUAUGAGAAGUGCAUCGGACAUGAUGUGACCUAUGUUCUUCAGACUUGGUUCUCAGGACUUCCUUUCCACCGUACCUCGUCUCCACUCGCCAACAACUACAUCUC